CAGCCUUCCCCUCAAAUCAGUCCAGCAGACUCAAAACUUGGAGUGGCAGGAUGGGCAUGUCAAUCCCGACAAGACCAUAGAGGAGCUGGCGACUCCCGUCCGCGAAUUGUUUAGAAUAUAUAUCUAUCUAGAAUCAAUCGAACAGAAUCCCAGCUGACAUUCUUCUUCACCAAGACGACAAACGGGCAUGGCAGCUAAGCGGAAUUAAAAGCACAUAACGGGGCGGACCUCAGGAAACGGAAGAUUGUCGAAGCGCGGGAAAAGUUGGAGGGAUAUUAUUCGUUCCUCCUCCGGGUUGCAGAGAUCAUGAAGACCCAGAAACCAGAACGACACAACUUGGAAUCUCUCAGGCGUUGGCUCGGGAGUGACCAAGGCGGCAACCAUUUCCUGGCUGGAGCGGGAAUCGAGGCAACGGCCUGGGACCAAGAUAGCUUUGACGAUAUGCUCAGUCUCAAACCCCAAAACGAUCGGUUUGCCCAGUGGAUCAUCGACACAGUCAUCCCAACAUACCAUCGUCGCAUUGGGCACUGGUUCCACCAGAAAAUCAAACGAGGCGAUCUCGGUGACCUUUGGCACUACAGUGACGAACCAUUCAUUCACAUUGGCAACGCGGUUUGCAUCUUGUUAUCCUCGCUGCUGCCUUCAUGCUGCAUAUUUGCACUUUACGCGGUACAAGAAACUCUGGCACGCCUUAUACUUAUCGCUUGUUUCAAUCUUGUCUUUGCCAUCGUCAUGACCUUUGUUGUGCAGGCGCGACGACAGGACGUUUUUGCUGCGACCACCGCACUUGCAGCGGUCCAGGUCGUCUUUGUUGGCGGAAUUGACGUUGUUUAUGUUACCAAGAAGGGAUCCUAG